AUGACGGUGGGCGCCAGGCUGCGAAGCAAGGCGGCGAGUGGUUUCCUGCGCCGCGGGUCCCGGGGCCGAGCGCGGGCGGACGGGGACGAGGAGGCGGCCGCCCUCCUGGAGCAGCCGGAGCGCGGGGACGAGGUGGCCAGCGCGGCGAGCGCGGGGCGCCCGGGGGCCCGGAGCGCGCGCAAGGUGCACCUGGCCGUGCUCCCCGAGCGCUACGAACCGCUGGAGGAGCCGGCGCCGGCCGAGAAGCCCAGGAGGAGGUACCGGCAGAAGCUGAAGAAGUACGGCAAGAACGUGGGGAAGGUCGUCACCAAGGGAUGCCGCUACGUGGUCAUCGGCCUGCAAGGCUUCGCCGCGGCCUACUCUGCCCCGUUCGGAGUAGCCACCAGCGUGGUCUCGUUCGUGCGCUAGCGGGAGCUGCGGGGCCGAGCACUGGCGCGGAUGGCAGCUCCGCUCUGGGACCACCCUUGACCUGAACCCACAAAACCCUUGGAGGAAAUCAAUGUCUUUCCUGGCUGCAUUGGAUGAAUGUUAUGAAUAGAACAUCCCUGCGCAUCGCUGAGCUUUUCAGGACUUAGGACCCAGGCGGCUCCCGACGGACAAUCCCGCAGAGAAUCAGGCCUGCCUUAGGUUUGGGGUCACUGUGUGCAAACAACGAAGGCUUCCCGGCGUGGCAGCCACGGUGGCGGGGCUGGGUCCGCAGCAGACACUUGGCAGACGGGGCACUCCGGGUGGGUAGCGGAGUGGUGAUGACAAGGGGCCAAAGGGCUAUUGACCUGGAUCAAGAUGAUUUGUUAUGUUCUGGAAAGGCCGCAGGCGAACAUGGUGCUCACAGCCCUUGGCUGCCUCGCUUCUGGGGGCAGCCGGGGAGCUGUUUGUCUGUCAUGCGCCCCAUCUCCUCUCUCCGCCCCUUUGUCACCAGGAGUAUAAUCACGGGCUUGAGAAGAAGAAGCAGGGAAGGAAAAUCUCUUUGAAGGUGGGGAUGCGUUCAAAACUGUCGAUGAUGUAUGUGACUGUGUAAAGCAGAUAAACUUGUGUGUCCCCCACCCCGCACGAAUGUGCAGCUGGAGGGGAGGGAAGGAGGGGGCUCAGAGGCGGGCUGGGUGAGCUGGAGCGGCGGCUGGAGGGAGCACCCCUGCCGCCUGGGCUGGGGCGGUGCGGCUGCGAGUUCUGAGCGGCUCGUCUGUCCAGGCAGUCGGGGGGCCUCCUGACUCCCUGCAGCUGCUCGCCCCCUCUGUGCCCUUGGGAGAGAGGGAGACACUGCGCCUAGCAAGAAAAAUAUGUGAUUUUAAAAUGGAACCAGUAAGUAGGAGGUGUGCUGGAAGUAGAAACAAGAAAGAUGGUGGACAGGGUGGGAGUCCAGGAGCCAGGUCUGGUUCCUCAGCCCUGGGAAGCCUCAGGCGAGCUGGGCUUGCAGCUCCGGGGAGGGACCAGCGAUGCUGGGCGGCUAGGGGUGCCGCGGCUGGUGCUGAAAAUCCCCCUGAAGCCCGAGCUCUCACUGGCUGCCUCUGUAGCAUCCUUUCUCUGGUGCUGCCAGCUGGUCCACAUCUCACCGGGAUUCAGAGCUCAGCGCCACAUGGGUCCUGGGUGCUCCCCCGGGACGGCCCAAGGACUGCCAUUGGAGCCUUGGCCAGGGAGGUAAAAGAAAGAGGAGGCCCCUUUUACCAUACCCCUCUGCCAACCCCCCGCAUAGCCCACUGCUGCGACUCUUGACAGAAGACCCAGAAGGCCAAGUGGUUGUUGCCGACCCAUCUGUAGGGGCGUGGCCACACCUGCGUGUUGCCCUGAGCAGGUCCCCAGGCCUUGGCAGAGGCAGCCUCAGGGCUCAGGCCUCACGAGCCAGGUGAACCAGGUGGCACCAGGAUGUGGAGAAGGUGGGUGGAGAAGACAGACAGAGGGACAGAAACAGGAACCGGUGUAGGCGAGCGUUGUAGCUAGACGGGCUGGAGGCCGUGUUGAGGAAGAACUUGGGUCCCAUUCUGCAUCAUUCAUACUCGUGAGGAAAAGGCACAACAAGCAGUCUUGUUUCCAUCAGAUGAUGAAAGUGGAUGAUGAGAGCACAUUUUCACCCACGGAAGAUCAUGACGGCUUGCCUGGGCACACUGGGACUCGGGGGAAAGAGACCCAAGUGGAAGAAACAGCCAAGCAGCGUUCAGUGGGAGAGCCAGGCCUCUGCGGCCUGUGACGGGCCCGGCGGGCGUCUGUCUGUGGUGGCCCAGGGAUGCUGACCUGCCCUAGAGGAGUCUACUGAGUCCCCCUGGGGCCGUGGAAGUGUGACUCUGGAAGGACCCAGAGCUGCUGAGGUCUGUCCCAUGAAGACCUUCCCCAUCCCAUCCCCAAAUUGGAGACACUCUCAGGCCAAGCACAUUUGGCCCUUGAAAUUUGAAUUAUCUGAUGAAUAAUCAGCCUAGAAAUGUCAUCCAUCAGAAUCUCGCAGAGAUUGUCCUGGGAGCCAGAUUCCUGUAUACAGAAGAUGACCUUGUCCAAACUCCCUGAGUGCUUAUUCCCCUGGG